AUGCCACCAUUUCAAUAUCCUCCAUUACUACCCUUGGAGCUACGGCUUCUGGUACUGCAGCCCGGUUCGACGGAAGAUCCCCUCACUGGGACCCUCGUGCAAAGGAAAUUGUCACCUGAAGACGGUGAUAUCCCAGAUUACGAGGCUCUAUCUUACUGCUGGGGCGAUCAGUCUCGCCCCGAAUCCGUCAAACUCAAGACGAAAUGGCGAAAGGAUAAAGAACAGCUAGAUCCGACUCCAGAUCCUGACAGCUCCAGCUACCGAAAGUUCAUCUUUUCAGCCUUUGGUAUUCACUCUGGAUACCUUGAUAUAGGACCGAACUUAGCCUCUGCUUUGCGAGCUCUAAGAUUCCGUCACCGUAAACGGGUACUGUGGUGCGACUCUAUCUGUAUCAAUCAAAAGGACGUCGAGGAGCGCUCCGCCCAGGUUCAGCGUAUGGCAGAUUUGUAUGAAUCUGCCCGGAGGGUCAUUGUCUGGCUGGGUCCUACCGCGUCCUGGAGUCCUACAGCCAUGGAAACCAUGCGUUGGGUGAGAAACCAACUCUCCUCUCCAGCCAUGGAUAUAUCCCCGGAUGAAGGAAUCAUUCCCCACUUUGCCCCAACAGAGGACGGAAGCCAGCAGAAAAUUGAUUGCGAAGGGCCUCACAUGCUUUCCCAAGAUCAGUGGCUUGCAUUUGAACAGUUGAUAGCCGCGGGCUGGUUCUGGCGUCUUUGGACGUUCCAAGAAAUAGUCCUCGCAAAUCAGGAAACAUCAAUUGUCAAGUUGGGCGACGAACAAAUGCUGUGGACCAAUUUUAUUGAAGCUGCCAUGUUUCUGUGUUGUACUGGAUGGGCAGAAUCACUACCUUUCUUUGUCGAUCUACCUAGGCACAACACAAAUCUUGGGAUCGUUGUUAGGAAGGGGGUGAGUUGCAGCGCCUUCCAGGAGUUUAGAAGAGGCAAUGCCGACUGGGUUGUUCUGUUAUCGAUGACGAAUCGUUAUGAUUGCUCUGAUUUCCGGGACAAGCUCUAUGCCCUUCGGGGGUUUCUGAGAGUUGAUACUGCCGAAUCAAUACCUGUAGACUACACCAAGUCUGCCAGGCAGAUUGUGGCCUCAGCUUCGGCCGCUCACCUGAAGCAGAGACGCACCCUUGAGUUCCUGGAAAUCUGUAACUCGACCACAUCUCCUAGCUGGGCUGUUGACUUACAGAAACCCCUGUACCGGCUUACCCUCUUCAGCAACGCUGGUGCAAGAUCUGCCGCUUCAGCGAAGUUAAUCAAGCCUGGAGUGUUAGAGGUAGCAGGCGUUUCUUGUGAUGAAAUUUGCAACAGCGUGAUAGAUCUGCCUCCGAUGAAAGAUUGUCAAUUGGUCAAGGAUUACAUUCCAACUGUUCUGAAGGUGUUUCGGGAUCUCACAGGCAAUGAUGACUUUCAUAGAGACGACAAAUGCCUCGACGAGUUGUCGACUAUGAUGAUGUUUGGUAACCUAUGGGACUACAGUACAUCAAGAACAAGAUAUCCUCCUUCUCGGGCAUUAAUCUCUUUCGAAAUCGGACGAAGAAUGAUACGGCAGUGGAUUACAGGCAACGCCAUCUCAGACGAUAAUUACAUCUUACCACAUACUCAGAGGGAUUCUGUGGUAAACGGUUGCACAAAGACUCGCCAAGGAACCCUCGCGCGCGUCCCUUUACAUAGCUGCGAGGGGGAUAUAAUAGUGACUCUUCUUGGCCUGUCCACCAACUUAGUUCUCCGCCCUCAACCAGAAGAUGGUUCCUACAAGGUCGUCGGACCGUGCUACCAUCAAGGGCUUUCUAACGGUCAAGCCUUACUCGGGGAUGACUUUUGCGGCUGGGAGAAAUUGUGGUGUAAGGAGACACAGACACUUGCGUUUCGGAAAGCGGAUGAGCCUCUCAGUUUCUCAGAUCCAAGACUUGAUGGGAUUCCGUUGCCCGUUGGGUAUACGGAGUAUAUAGCUGAAAUAGAUGGGAGAUACAUUCCUUAUUGGAGACAUGAGUAUGAAUAUGAUAACUACAUGGAGAACGAAAGAUUUUACGACCCACGGAUGGCAGAGCAUAGGUUGAAGGAGAGAGGUGUGCCAAUGGAGAGAUUUCGGUUGAUAUAA